GCGUACGAGACCAGAACGUUCAAGCUAAAGCUUAAUUUCCGUUUUGGUCAGAGCACCGUGAUCGCGAUCACUCAGUUCUCCUCCAUCGCAGGAUUGUAUCCUCUUGGGUUCACUCUUUACGACCUCCUGGAGCAUUCUCUCCGAUAUUCUUACUUUAUAAAGCCCAAGGACUCAGGCAAACAGAAUGUCGGCGACUGAGGAAGACAUCGCGGAAGAAAUUCGCUCAGCACUCCCAGGAACUGAAGAAAUCGUUGUCCAAUACGUCUCAGGCUACCUUCUAGACUUAGACGACGCAGCUGAAGAUGAAGACGUCCUAGAGAUCGCUCGAUCAAUAUUAGAAUCUGCUAUUCCCUCCUCAUCUCGCGAUACCUCGAAUACCAAUGCGCAAUUAGACAAGCUCGUGAAGAGGCUGGACGAGUUAUUAGAAGAACCUUUGAGGAAGAGAGUGGAGAAGAACUGCGCGGGCCAGACUAAUGGUUUGGUUAGAUUGGACAAGGUCAUGGACUUGAGUAAGGCUUCUACCAUGAGUAAUACCAUCGGGAUGGGCCAGGGUGUGGAUCUCGAGAGUAUCAACAAGGGAAAAGCUUCUCGAGUCGAUGUAAAGAAACUCGAAAAGCAGGAGACCAAGCUCAGAGCCAAAAUUGAAAAGCGAGCUAAACGAGAUCUAUACGAAGGCUCAAAGUUGUUGGAUCAAUACAAGAAACAGCAAUCAUACGAGGAAAUGUUCAUGAAGAUCAACCCUCUCGAUGCAGCAGCAGCUUCCAUGAAUAAGUCCAAAGACGUUCACCUUCCAUCAAUCGACGUCAACUUCGGCUCCAAUCGUAUCCUGUCUGGUGCAUCGCUUACACUUGCCUAUGGUCGUCGUUACGGUUUGAUCGGUCGUAACGGUGUUGGAAAGUCUACGCUCCUACGACAUAUCGCUAUGCGUGAAGUACCCAUUCCGGCGUACAUUACGAUUCUAUUCGUUGAACAGGAAAUUGUCGGGGACGACACUACAGCCCUUGAAUCCGUCCUCAAAGCUGAUGUUUGGCGAGACAUCCUCCUACGGGAAGAGACUACGCUCAAUACCAAACUCGCCGAACUCGACAAAGAGGGUGAUGACAAGCGGUUCGAAGAUGCGAGAGAAGAGGCACAGGCAAGACUUGCCGAAGUCCACACAAGGUUGGCUGAGAUGGAGGCCGAAAGCGGUCCUGCCAGAGCCGCCUCUUUACUAGCUGGUCUUGGAUUCAGUGAAGCUGAUCAGUCAAGACCGACGAAAUCGUUCAGUGGUGGUUGGAGAAUGCGACUCGCACUUGCCAGAGCUCUGUUCGUGAAGCCGGCGUUACUUCUUCUCGAUGAGCCUUCUAAUCACAUUGAUUUGAAUGCUUUGGCAUGGCUCGAAGACUAUCUUCAGACGUGGUCUGGAACUCUCCUUGUCGUAUCACACGACCGAGCAUUCUUGGACGCAGUCGCGACGGAUAUCAUUCACAUGCAUUCCGGCCGUCUUGACUACUACAAAGGAAACUUCACCCAGUUUUACUCCACGAAAAGUGAACGUGACCGGAACCUUCGUAAAGAGUAUGAAACCCAGAUGGAGUAUCGUAAACAUCUGCAGGCGUUCAUUGACCGCUGGCGAUACAACGCAAACCGUGCGGCUCAAGCGCAAUCAAAGAUCAAGAUCCUCGAGAAGCUUCCUGAAUUGCACCCUCCGGAAGCUGAUGAGAUUGAAACUUUCAAAUUCCCUGAAACAGAAAAGAUUUCACCGCCCAUAUUGCAGUUGAAUGAAGUGACAUUCGGUUAUACGCCUGACAGGAUCCUCCUUAAGGAUGUCAACAUCGACGUUGGUUUGGAUUCGCGCAUAGCUAUCGUUGGUCCGAACGGUGCCGGAAAGUCUACCCUUAUCAAGCUGCUGAUUGGUGAUUUGAAACCAUUCGCUGGACAUGUCAGCCAAAAUGGUCGCUUGAGGAUAGGUUACUUCGCACAACACCACGUCGACAACCUUGAUCCAACUAUGACGCCUGUGCAGUUCCUAGCGUCGAAGUUCCCGGGAAAGACUGAACAGGAGUAUCGUUCCCAUCUUGGUAAUUUCCAGAUUAGCGGAAUGACUGGUUUGCAGAUGAUUGGCACGCUGAGUGGAGGUCAGAAGUCCCGUGUGGCAUUCGCCGUUCUGUCCUUGCAACGUCCCCAUGUUCUCCUACUUGAUGAGCCGACUAACCACCUCGAUAUUGAGGGUUUGGACGCUCUGAUGGCUGCACUUAAUGCGUGGAACGGAGGUGUCAUCGUCAUCUCUCACGACGAACGAUUCAUUACUACUGUCGCGAAAGAACUCUGGGUAUGCGCUGAUGGGACUGUUAGCAAGUUCAAAGGUGAUGUACAGGCGUAUAAGAGUCUUAUUGUCAGCAACAUCAAGGCGAAACCAUAAGGGAGUUGUCCUUAUAGUUGUCUUGCCGAAUUCCAAAUACUUUAACAUUGCAACGCUUGCCUAUAUACUGCACAAGUUUUUGGAACCAUGUUCAGAUAAUCACGUUGACAUGUAGUCAGGAGAGCGGUGGAUGCUACAAGAUGUGUAUCGUCAUGAGGAGCAGGUAUGUUUGUAUCAAGUCGUUCAAAUGAGGUCCGGAAUCCUCUUCUUGAGCAUGCGCCGCGUUUUAAGAAGCGCG